AACAUUGGCAUGGUAACGCCAAAGCAAUGAUAACAUAAAAAGCUUUGCUCGUUAUUUCCUCCUUAUGUUAAAGCUUAUGUUAAAGCAAAAAAGUGCGAAUUUACCCCACAAAUUAAACCUUGCGUAUUUGCCUUUAUCAAUUAUAUUAUAAUUGGUUCUUCAGAAAAAAAAAACAAUCGAAUGCUGCAAAAAUUUGUCACACCAUUAUAUCCAAGGGGCAAACAACUUUACUUUAUCUUCUUAAAUAUUUGGUUUUUCCUGUUCAUCUGAAAUAUUUGAUACUCAAAGUAAAUAGAAUAUACUUUGGAAAUGUCGACGAAACAAGUGUUUCUGAGUCACUGCGUCUCUUCGGCAGGCGAGGAAGCAGAGUCCCUUCACGAACACUUAACAUCCAGCAACUAUUCGGUUUUCAUAUGUUCUGAGAUGUCGGCCGGCGGAGACUUCCGACAAUCGAUCAUUUCGAACGCGGCCAACUGCAAAGUGAUGGUCGUGUUUCUGGAUGAGAAUUGGGCGAACAGUGGCGAGUGUAGAUCUGAGUUCAACUGUGCCUAUUCUGUGUUUAACAAGAAAGGCUCCCCCCAAUUCAUUCCUAUCGUGAUCGGAGGCUUCCACUGGAUUGACCCCCAAAUAUACCCCACAGCACACUGCAUAACAUCCAACUUCCACUGUCUGGUUAAAAACGAGCGACAGAGCUGGGAUGAGAUAUUCCGGCUGAUCGUGAACAAAUCAGACUGCAUAAUAGCGGAAAUGGAGGGAUGUGAGCUGAAUGAACCUUUGGAUCCACAACGUCGGAUGUUCCAGGACUUCGUCACUUGCGAGAUAUGUCAGGACAUGUAUGAUGACCCACGACUCAUGCCCUGUAACCACACAUUCUGCAAAUCAUGUCUCGAAGAGUGGCAACAAAAAAACGGCGAUGACUCAUCCUUCCCGUGUCCGAAGUGCAGAAUAGUAUACGUCGGGGAAGUGGAUAAAUUAGCCGAAGACUUGCGAGCGAGUCAGUUAGUCGAAAGAAUUGUUCACCCCGACAUGAUCCAAAAGUCGGAGUUUCAGAGUCUGGGAUCCAUGCCGACAAGCAUGACUAAUUUGUACUGCGACGAUGAUUUAGCCGAUUGGCUCACUAAAAACAAGCUUCCGAAACAAGUCACAAAAGCUCUGUUCGAAAACGGGUUCCAAUUUUUGGACAUAGUCCUCGAAAUGACUGCAUCCGAUGUUAAGAAAUUGGGUCUGAAAACUGGUCACGAGAGAAAACUGCUGAAGUGCUUGGGAAUCAGGAAACAUUCUUUGGCUAACGUGAAGCUUCCAACAACAGAAGAAUUGACCGAUACGUUCAAGAAAUCUUUGUCAAAUAUAACUGAAAGAUUCACUUCUAAGGAAGACGUAAUCGAAUGGAAGCUAGUCAAGGAUUUGUACGAUGAUAGAAUCAUUAGCACUGGCACCAACCCGGCAGAUUCCGCCAAAUUUUGGGCUUCUCUUUCUAAGGCCAGUUUCGACAAAAUAAUUCAAACCGUGAAAAAGCAAGCAAAUAUUGUUUUACACGACCAAGAAAUGUGCGACUCGUUAAAAGCCGAAUGCUUGCAUGAAGCUGCGAUGGUUCUGUGCGAUGCGGGUUCGUAUGAACAAGCGAAGUUUUUCAUCAAAAAAGCGAUAAGUUUCGAGGAAAAUGAGUCAAAAGAACUGGAGAUGAAAGUGCUUCUGGUGUUCGCCAAGAACAACAGUUUAAAGAUUUCAAUCUGGGAGGGUCUUUCUGUGCUGGCAGAAUGGACAAACUGGGAAUCAAAAAAAGUGAAUGAAGGUGUGAAGAAAAAGUACAAAAAGGUAGUGAAAAUAUGCGAUGACGUCAUUGAGAAGAACAAGAAAGAAGAGAGUAUUCUUCUGUCACUUCCAAAGCUGUGCAAGUUGCUCAUCAUGAAGGCUUAUGCCUUCCAGGUCAUGCUCAAGGGAGACAGGGAUGAAGAUGUUAUUGAAGAUGCUCAGAAGAGUUUGACCGAGGCAUAUGAGAUCUGUGACAACAUCGGCGACAACGGACUUCGCGCUGAGGCAAAAAUGACCGAAGCGCUUCUCAUCCUCAGACGGUUGGACACGGCUCAAACCGAGAGCCUCAUUUUGCUGCUUCAUGCACGCAAUCUAUGCCGAGAAACAUACGGCGAGUUUACGUUUCUGAUGGCUCGAAUCUACAAAAACUUGGGCGUAUUUUUCAAACUUCAAUCUGAAAGUCAAAACGCGUACGAAUGCUUCCGACGAACAUGGCUGAUCCGCCGACAGAUACUCGGUCCGCAUCAUCCAGCGACCCGUGACUGUGCGUCGCGACUCUCCCUCGAGUUGAAAGACGAAGCGAGCGAACUUAACGAGGCACUCCCGUCCGAAGAGCAGGAGCCGAACGAGAGAGACCGAGAGUACUACAAGCGCAUCGCGUUUCUCGACGAACUGACUGUUUUUUACGAAGAUUCCAUGUGAGGAAAUUUGAAGAACUAACAAAAGAAGAACUCACAAAACGGCUGUUUACGCUGUAAAAUCUUACAUUUCAUACCUAGAAAAAUAUACUCCCUUAAAACCUUCCAUUUUAA